UUUUUUUUUUUUUUUUUUUGAAGUGCGUUUCUCUCAUAUAAAAUUAAGCGCUCAAGUCAUCUCGCGAUCGACUCCAUCUUUUAACAAACUAUUGUGUUUUUUAAUAAUGGCGGAACAAUAUAGAGCAGAUAUUGAAGAGAUUUUAAGACAAUCGGAUCUUUCCACUGUUACGACCAAAAAAAUUCGUAAAGCUCUUGAGGCGAAAAGAGCCACCAGCUUAGACUCUAUAAAAAAAGAGAUAAACGGCGUCAUUGAAUCAGUAUUUUUAACUUUCCAAGAAAAGCAAAGUAAGGUGCAACAAGAAGCCUAUUCUCCUCCAGUCGUGCAAAAAGACAGGAUUCCAAAGACAACGCAGUCAGCCAUCAAGAAACCCACUACUCCCAGAAAGAAAAAGACAGAGAAGGAACCAGUAAAACGAAGUCCAAAAUGGCCCAUCUUCAAAGUACUUCCACCACUACUUUAUGUUGUUAGCGUUGAUUAUUGUACGAGGCCCCAAGCUGUUAAAAAGAUAUGGGCCUACAUCAAACAACGUGGAUUACAAAGCGAGACGAAUAAGAAAAUUAUCAACUGUGAUGCCAAUUUGAAGGAAUUAUUUGGAGGCAAUGACCAGGUCGAUGCAUUUGGUAUGAACAAAUUUAUCGGUCAAUACCUUGACAAGAUACCAAAAGAAGAACAAGAAAAGCAAAGACAACUUAUACAGGAAAGGGAUGAACAGGAAGAACAACCUUAACCGCCACUGUAGUAUCAUCGGAAGUGGGCUAAUCUUUUUAUCCUUCGUUUUACACGUACAAAAAUAUUCCCCCCCGCAUACACAUCACUCACUCAUCAAUAAAGGGGCGCACUAUUAGGGCUUAUACCCACUUUUUUUUUUUUCUUUUUCAACUGACAAAGUGCCAUUCUCACGGGGGAUCGCCUUAGGAAUACAAUAUAGAUUUACCUGAUGUGACUGACAUGGGUUUACAUGGAAAUAGAUGGCUUACUUGUUUAGCCUAUCCAACGCAUAGUCAGCUAUGGUUGCUGUAUUACCCGCCAAUCCAAGCAUUCAAUUGAUGGAUAUGUUCAAUUUUCUAUUCUUUUUUUCUUUCUUUCUUUCUUUCUUUUUCAAUUCAAUUUAAUUAAUUCCAACAAUCCAACUGUCUAUGACUUUUGAAAAGAAC